UUUCCCCUUCCGUCCCCGCCGCAUCUCCCCUGUCCAGCUGGGCGGGGAUUGCUGUACGACUCUGUGAAGUCUGUGAGUCACUGCACAACCCAUCAAUCCAAUUAAAUGUCUUGAACGAGCCGAGCAGGCGGUGCUGCCACUGCCGCCGCUCGCCCCGCCGCGGCCGCCCCUGCUCGCAGCGCCCCUCUGAUCCAUGGCUGUCUGUACUUGUUACUGUGUAACCUCCUCCUCCGCCUCCUCCGCCUCCUCCUCAGGAGCCGCUGCAACUUCCCCUCAGCCAGCCUCCUCCUCUGCUUGGGGACUGCAAAGGCAUGGGAUAGACCUAGAGCCACUUCUGUCUCCCCGCCAGCCCUCGAUCAAUCUCCUCCCUUUAAAUUAAAGUCUGUUCCUCGCUCCUCGUCGUUUUAGAGAUUUGUCAGUCUUUUAUUUCCUCUGAUUUUAUUUUCUCUCCCUGGGGCAAGGGGUCGCAGGGGCCGGUGGGUUUAUUUUAGGGAAGGGGCUGUCCACCCUCUCCCGGUUUCUUCUCCUCCCUUUUCGGCCGUGACUUGAUUUCCCAGUUCCUCUCCGCUCCCACCCCUCGAACUCACCGUCCUGCACGUGAGUGACGCACCGACACCCCCCGCCCACAGUCCAGACGUCCCUCCCUCGCAGCCACCCCGACCCGUCUCGGAGCUGGACCCGGUGCCGACUUCGCAGAAGGAUAUAUGUUGGGGAAAGGAGGAAAACGGAAGUUUGAUGAGCAUGAAGAUGGGCUGGAAGGCAAAAUCGUGUCCCCCUCCGACGGUCCAUCCAAGGUGUCUUACACCUUACAGCGCCAGACUAUCUUCAACAUUUCCCUUAUGAAACUCUACAACCACAGGCCCCUCACAGAGCCCAGCUUGCAAAAGACCGUGCUCAUCAACAACAUGCUGCGGCGGAUCCAGGAGGAGCUGAAGCAGGAAGGCAGCCUGAGGCCCGCGUUCCCCGCCUCCUCACCGCCUGACCCGAGGGGCACCGGCUUGGGCGCUGGCUCCCGGGAGGCGCCGCCUGCCUUCAGCGCCCCCGCGGCCCCGCCCGCGCCCCCCUGCGAGCUGGGCGGCCCCGCGCCCCUAGAGGCCUGCCUCACCCCUGCCUCGCUGCUUGAGGACGACGAUGACACUUUUUGCACUUCCCCCGCCGCGCCGCCCGUGGCCCCCGCCCGACUCGCGCCUCCUGCCCUCCCGCCGGAAAAGGACAGCUUCUCCUCCGCCCUGGACGAGAUCGAGGAGCUCUGUCCCACACCUACCUCCGCGGAGGCCGCGACGGACGGCUCGAAAGGGGGCUCCGGUGGGGCCGGCGCUCAGAGACCCGAGGGGGACUCCCGGCCCGACGACCCCAAACUGAUGGACUCCCUGCCCGGCAACUUCGAGAUCACCACGUCCACGGGGUUCCUGACUGACUUGACCCUGGACGACAUCCUGUUUGCCGACAUCGACACAUCCAUGUACGACUUUGACCCCUGCACGUCCGCAUCGGGGACAUCCUCGAAAAUGGCCCCGGUGUCAGCGGACGACCUCCUCAAGACGCUGGCACCCUACAGCAGCCAGCCAGUCACCCCGAGCCAGCCUUUCAAGAUGGACCUCACGGAGCUGGACCAUAUCAUGGAGGUGCUGGUCGGGUCCUGAGCCCCGCGGCCGCGCCCCUGCACCCCGACAGCUCUCCGCACUGUGCAUGCACCCUUGCUUGCCUUUUUCCAAGAAAAGAAACAUUCUACAAAAGGAUCACACUAGUUUUUGCUUUGAGCAGAGUUGGAGUGCCUUCAUCCACGUAUGACCACUUUUUAAUAUGCUCUUUUGAGUGGUUCCUCGGAGACCUACUACCCGGGAAUAGGAAAGAAUACAUUUGAAGACAAUGUCGCUAUAUUGAAUGACAAAAAUAAACAGUUCAAGUGAAGCACAAGGAAUAAGUUGGAAAAGUUGUAAAUUGCAUGUGCAUAUUUGUCUAUUUUUUCUAUAAGUUUUAUUGCAAGAGGUAAAAAAAGAAAAUAUAUAUAUAUUAUUUAGAUAAUCUCAGUACCUUUUCUGGCAUUUUCGCCCUGUAUAGGUUGACUUGGCAAUUCAGCCUUUUUAGAGGCAUUAACUACUCCUCGUAAGUGUUGCAUUUACAUGGCUGUUUAGAAACUGCUGCCCAAAUUUAUUUUAUAUUUUUGUACAGAUUCCGCAGUUUAUGAUAUUGUUUUUCUAAAAACAAAUGCUGUUUAUACAUAUGAGAUAGCUAUUUUGAUAGGAUUUGCUCACAUAGUUCCUGCAAACUUCAGAUGUACAAGUUGCACUUGUACUUUUAUAGAGUUGUAAUGUUUUAUAUGUGUUUGGUGCAAAGAGAAAAUUGGAUCAAAUCAAUCCGCAGUUGACGUCCCCAAAUGCAAACACCCCCCCACACACACACACACGCCCCCACACACACCGCUUUAAGAAGGGCCAGGCAAUAUCACACCCAGAUUUCACAAGCACCGACCCCCCUGGCAUGAACACCCGCCAGCACUGUGACUUCCAAAGCCAGAGCCACUCUCAUCAAACUUGCAUUAAGCAGUUGGCGGGAGGUGGCCAUGGAGCUCGGGGUUUAAGUGAUGGUUCUCUUUAGCGCUCUCUCCGGAGGGGACGGCUACCACGUACUCACUGUAUUUAUGCCAAGUCUGUGCUUUUACUUGUUUUUAUUUUUUUAAACAAACAAAACCCCAGCUCUUUCCUUUUGGGCAUAAUUUUUGUGAUGACCUGAAAUUUACACAUGAAUUUGCGAAAAGCAACCGACCUCUUCAUGGAACUAACACCCCGUUGCAAAGCUUAGGACUCAUCAAGAGGAAACCCUUCCCCGCCCCCACGCCCAGGAAGGCAUCCAUCAUGUUGCUCAGUCAUCUUCUCCAGCUUGCCCUCCCUGGAGCUUUCCUUCCCUCUGUUGCUAAGUGCUGAAAAUGGCAUCCUCAUGAUCCCCAGUGAGCCCGGCUCUCCUUGGCCCAGCCUAGGAUGCACUCUGUCCACACCCAUGGCUCUUGAACCUGGAGUUAGUCCCAUUCCAUCACAGCUUCCAAUCCAGUUGCUUUCUUGAAUCAACUGCUUUAACUACACUUUACAUGGCUGUUUUACCCAAAUACAGAGACAGGACUUUCUAUGCAUGUUCCACCCCUUCCCCUCGCCAUCCUCUCCCUGCCAGGACACUUGAGAACUAGCUUUUUAAUCCUAGCGGUGUACAUUUAAUUUUAAAACGUUUGCAAUGUAUCAUGCUUGUUGCCGAAAUGGCUUAUGGCCUUUCCGUUGCAGUUUUUUCUUUCUUCCAAUGGUACUUUAGCUGGUUACAACCUAUAUUGUUGAAAUGCAGAUGGCUUCUUUAGGAAUAACUUUUAUAUUUAUUUAAGAAUUUUUAAAUUAUGGGAUUUGUGUUGUUUUGUUGUUGUCUUUGUUGUUGGUCAUUUGUCAAUAUUCAGUCACCAGUUCUGCUCACUUCUUGCCAUGGAUAAAAUUGAGUCUCUCUGGCCAAUUAAAAAAGACAGCUUUAUAAAAUGGCACUUUAAACAAGCCAUAGAUAGUUUAUUUUUAUAAUGCACAUGGCAAAGCAAAUACAUUUGUGAUGAAGGAACUGCUCAUCUAAGCAAAAGAUUUGUGUAUGAUAUGAUUAAAUCUUUCUACAUUCUGAUAUACUCCCCCCCACACACACACUUGAGUGUGUGUGUGUGUGUGUGUGUGUGUGUGUGUGUGUGUGUUUAAGGCUAAUUAUCAACUCAGUAGAGCAGUGAGAAGCUGAUCAAAUUGCACUUGUCUCCUGCAGGCACCCUCCUCCAGACACCUCUCACUACUGCAGACGUGUCAUUCCCUUCAGCAGGAUCGGGGACCAUGUAGUUAAGGUGAGGGCUGUUGUCGCUGUGCCUUUCUGUAUGAAGGGCUUCCUUUUUCCGAAGAGAACAAGGCCGCCCAGACACCAUGCUUUUGCUAACCCGAGGACCCGAAAACUCUCCACAGGCCGCACACAUACGUGUACGUGCACAAUAGUGUUGAUGAUUCCCGACAAUAACAGGGCAAAGCAGCUAAUGUGCCAUUGUUAAAAACUGAUUGAUAGUAACUUAGAACAACUGUCCUUUCACGGGGUUAGCAAAUCGUGUGUUUAAACAAAUCCCAUGUGUUGGGCAGCAGUUCAAAUAAGCACAGCGAAGUGCUGCCCACACGCGGUUCUCCGACUCUGUCGCAUUUGUAAGGCUGGGCUUCAGGAUCAAAACAAAAAACCCCCAAUGGCAGCCCGCAAAUGCUUUUUAACUCGACACCCGACACCCUUCUUGAUAUUCAAGGUGUAAUGAGGAAGACAUGGGAAAUCAGUGGCCCAUUUUCAAAAGAACAAAACCACCAAGUGUUCCAGUUAUCUUUGUGUCUUAUUUUUCCAAAGCGAUGUCCCAACAGGGAAGAACGUGAGCCUGUGUGUGAUGUCCAAGUCCCACUUUGAGUGCGGGAUGGGACGCUGCUUCCAGAUGCCACCUGGCAGCAAUGCCUUCCCCUUUCUACAGGACAUUGUGUGGCAUUCAGGGUCAGGCAGGCAGUGGGAGGUGCCUUGAUGAGAAAGACAUGCUGGGUGGGGCUGGGAGAGGACAAUUAUUGACAGUGAUGUGCAAUGAAGUGACAAGAUGAGAGCAGAAUAAUAAGAGCUUUGAAUUUGAAGUGAUUUUUUUUCAUAAGUUAUUUAUUCCUUUUUUCUGUGUAAAUAUAUUUAUUUUACUGGGGAGUUCUAACAACAUCUGGAUCGUAACCUGAGCGGAAUGUAUGGUAGGAAUGUACUCUCUUGGAGGAAUGUCAAUCUGUAUUAAAAAGGGGUCCGAGCCAGACCCCGGGGUCUUCUCAUCGUGUGCACAGUCCGUGUUCAUUUUCACUCUCGCCUCUAAUAUGGGUCUAUUUGAAAUAUGCAAAAGGGAUGGAUGAGGAAUGUUUUAAUACCUCCAAAUUUUUAAGAAAAUCAAGCAUCAAAGGGUUGAUAUUUUUAAACUUGUUUUUAGUCGCACUUUCUCUUUAUGACAGAAGGGGCAACCACACCUGACACCCUCGUUCACACCAAAGGGUCUUUCUCAAUUGUGCUGUUUAUUGCCAUAACCCUUGGAGUGUCCCAACUGCCCUGAGGUCAGUCAAGGAAAAUUUCUUAAAUACGCUCCCAAGAGCCAAAGUGUCAACUUUACACAUCAUUUUUAAAGCUUAAAUGUAUUAACCACCUUUGUGGUAAACAGUGAACUAUGAAUCCACAGGGCAGCGUUCUCAAAUGACAGAGGUUUUAAAAAAGAGAGAGAGAGAGAGACUCUACUUUGUGCAGCGAUUGUAAUUCUCUAUAUGAAUUGUCUUAAUUUCAAAAUCUUGCUGUUACAAAUUGGACCUUUACACGCUUUAUGAAAAUAUUUGCAAAGAGCCUAUUUAACCUGUUCUAGCUGUAAAUGGUUAACUUCCUGUAACUGCCAGCGGCAGUGAGGUGUGCGCGUCCUGCUAAUGUACAGUUGUUUUCAGGGCUCCUAAGAAUGAGUCUGAAUGGUUCUUGAAAAUUAGCCAGGAUCAAAUGCUGUCACAAACAAAGCCAAUAAAAAUUGUGGACGUCUUUUUGGGGAUAACAAGUUUGGAAGAGAAGUGCAGUCCAGACAAGCAAACCACCAAGAUUUGGAAAAGAUGUACAUAGUGACAUGUUUGGUGCAUGGUUUUUGAGGAGGGCUUUUGUCAGAAAGGAGGUGUAACCUUUCCCCCACAGACCUGAGAGCUGUGCCUUUUCUAUGCAAUAUUACAGACCUUACAUCGGAACCCAGAUGGCUGUAUUCACAUGUAAGUUCGGGCUGUAAUCUAAACAAUUGGACAGAUUAAAUGUACAUGGAAAUGAGCAGUCUUACUUUUGUAGUUUUAUAUUAUACAAUAAACAGUUAAAAGAUGA